CGGCUUUCUGCGAGAUCAUCUGCAGCAACAAAUCGGCUCCUCAACCUGAAGACAAUCUGCUCAUUUGUGCGGUGAAGUAGGCGGGGCCAUGGAGGUGUCGUCUCACAGCCUCUUCCUGCUGCAGCAGCUCAACAUCCAGAGGGAGUUCGGCUUCCUGUGUGACUGCACCGUCGCCAUCGGAAACGUCUACUUCAAAGCUCAUCGCGCUGUGCUCGCCGCCUUCUCCAACUAUUUCAAAAUGAUCUUCAUCCACCAGUCCAGUGAGUGUAUAAAGAUCCAGCCCACAGACAUCCAGCCGGACGUCUUCAGCUACCUGCUGCACAUCAUGUACACCGGCAUGUGUCCCAAACAGCCCGUGGACCAGAGCCGCCUGCAGGAAGGGAUCAAGUUCCUCCACGCCUACCAGCUGUGCCGGAAACCGGGCGAUGGCGCCACGGAUAGUGCUGCAGACAUGGUCCGCAUGUCCAACCUGUACGGCAUCCAGAUCUCCUCCCAGCUGGCCAACAAAGACGCUGCUGGAGUCCAAAAGUCCACCUCGGUGUCCGGCGGCGCCCUGGAGGACGGACGCUCCUCUGGCAGGGGGGGGCGGUCCCUGGCUGUUGGACUGGAGGACGUCUCCUCAGACCACCAGGCCUCCGCUCUACGUAAUGUUUGUUCUGUGGCGUCCGGAGACGACUCAGACAUCUCGACUCGCAUCAAGCAGGAGCGCUUAGAGGAGGAGGAGGGGGAGGUGGAGGAUGGCGAGGAGGGGGAGGGGCAGGGGGACAGUCCCAGUCAGGGCCUGUUGUUCAAAGACCGGCCCCUGGUCCUGCUCUGUCCCCGCUGUGGAGAGCGUUGCUCCUCCCCUGAGGGUCUGCGGGAGCACCUGUUUAGCCACGCCCUCGACCCGAGCCGCCUGACGGAGGGGCAGGGCGGCGAGCUGGACACCAGCGUGGAGGAGGGGCCUCCGGGGGCCCAGGAGCAGCUGGACGCAGGAUGUCUAGAGGAGGCUCUGAGACAGAGCCAGGCACUCGCCAACCAGCUCGCUGCAGAACUGAGGAGGAGCAGAGGCGGCGGCGGAGGGAACAGCCCCGCCCCCUCUGUCCAGCACUCGCGUAAACGAAAGAUUGCCUGCGCCGUGUGCAGCCUCCGCUUCGCCCAUAAGAGCCAGCUGCAGGAGCACAUGUACACCCACACCGGGAAACCGUCACGCUACCACCGCUACAACCGCCUCUGCAGCCAGCUCUUCCAGGCCUCCGCCCACUUCUGCGAGGGCGCUGCAGAGCCUGGAGGAGGAGGAGUGGGCGGGGCUGGAGGCGGGGCAUCAGCUGGCACCACGAUGCUCUCUGAGGAACCCAACAGGGACGCUCAGGACAACGGCAGCUCCUGCUACUCCCUGGACUCUGAGGUCUCCCAGGAGAGCGUGGAGGGUGUGCCUGUGGAGUGAUGUCAUCAGAGCAGUGAUGUCAUCAGAGCAGUGAUGUCAUCACACUUUGUUCAAAAAGACUUUGAGAUUUGUGUUGUUCUGUUUGUGUCUCUGCUGCUGUCUGAUGGUCCUGUACCCGUGCAGGUG